GAGCGGUGGGUAGGAAUGAAAAGAUUGGUGUUUCUAUCCCAUUCUGCUCGGUCAAACAUCAUAUUUGCAUGGCGCGGAAAGACGCGGAAUGAGCGGGUGAUUUAAAGGACAAUAUGGCCACCAUCGUCGCCGUCAGUCCCAGUGAAUAUCUUCAGCCUUCCUCCGCCACCACACAGGACAGUCAGCCGUCCCCUCUGGCCCUGCUGGCUGCCACCUGCAGUAAGAUCGGACCUCCCGCGGCUCAAGCCCCCGUCAGCUCCCCGCCAUCGGGGCUGCAGCCUCGCCGCCUCCUGCCCAUCAAGCCGGCGCCCAUCGCGCCCGCCCCCCCGAAAAACCUGAGCUUCCUGCAAGCUAAGGGCAAUGUGAUCCAGCUCCCCUCCGGCCUCGGCGCCACCACCCCCGGCAGCCCCAUCGUGCUCACCAUCCAGCAGAGCCCGGCCCACCCCGGCCCCCAGGCCGCGGGCAACAUCCAGUACCAGAUGAUGCCGCAGAUCCAGGGCGCGCAGACCAUCCAAAUGAUGCCACAAGGGGGCCAGAUCCAGCUCAUACCAGGGACCAACCAGGCGAUCAUCACCACCCCCAUGUCGGUGCCGGCCCCGGCGGCCGCCGCCCCCGCCGUCGCCCCCCUCUCAACACAAAAGACUGUCGCGAUCAAGCCCUCGUCCAAGGGGAAGAAGUCGAUCGCCGCUAACGUGGUGCAGCUGCCAGGCGGACUCACGCUGCCCCUCAACGUGGCGACAGGAGAGGUGGGCGGGGCUCAGAUUGUAACCGAGGCGGCGGCGGCGGACCCCCCCGCUGCGGGAAAGGCACGACGGGGGAGGAAGAAGAAAGCGGCGCUGCUGGCUCAAGCUCCGGUGCUUCCUCCGCCUGUGCCGCAGGCUCCUUCCCCGCCCCCGGUCGAUCAGUUGGAGACCAUCUUGAUCGAAGCUGGGGACAACAUCAUUCAGGCGGGGAACAACCUGCUGAUCCUGCAGAGUCCAGGCCAGCCAGCUGUGGUCCAGCAGGUGCAGCUGGUGCCAUCCAAACAGGACUCUCAGGUGGUCCAGAUCCCCCAGCAGGCUCUCAAGGUGGUCCAAGCUGCCUCUGCCUCGCUGCCGCAGGUCCCGCAAAGACAGUCGUCGGCCUCCUCCGGCCUGCAGGUGGCGUCACCAGAGGCCACGCCCACACAGAUCCUGUUUAAGACGGGGGCAGGUGAGUGGCGGUCUGUCCAACUCCAGGAUGCCGCGGUUUCCACGGCGACAACACCCACCACCCCCGCUUUACCGGCCCCUUGCACCAAGAGGACACAGGCGGGGGCGCGGAGGGAGCGCACCCUGGCGAAGAUUGCGCCCGCGGGAGGGAUGAUGACGCUGAACACGUCGCAAAUGUCCUCGGCGGCCCAGGCGGUGCAGACCAUCAGCAUCAACGGCGUGCAAGUUCAGGGAGUUCCUGUCACCAUCACUAACGCGGGGGGCCAGCAGCACCUGACGGUACAGACCAUGCAGGGCGGAGGUCUCCAGCUGGCGACGGGUCAGUCCACCAUCCACAUGGACCAGACGCUCACGCUGGAGCUCCCCAGUCAUGUGGGCGAGAAGAAGCGACGCAUGGCGUGCACCUGCCCUAACUGCAAAGACCUAGACAAGAGGCCGGGCGACGUGGGCAAGAGGAAGCACAUCUGUCACGUUCCCGGCUGCGAGAAGACCUUCCGCAAGACCUCGCUCCUCCGAGCCCACGUCCGUCUGCACACGGGCGAGCGACCCUUCGUCUGCAGCUGGGUGUUCUGCGGCAAGCGAUUCACGCGCAGCGACGAGCUGCAGCGGCACGCCCGCACACACACAGGAGACAAACGCUUUGAGUGCUCGCAGUGUCAGAAACGCUUCAUGAGGAGCGACCACCUGACAAAGCAUUACAAGACUCACAUAAACACCAAGAACCUGUGAGAAGGCUCCAGACAAACUGACUUGUCCCAUAGUGGGACACCCCCGACCCCCUUCUAGAGCCCCUACAGGUAGGAAGAAAAUGUCUGCCAUUGGUUCCAACAUGUGCUCAGCACUGCCUGGAUGACCAGGGCACUCGCUUAUUUGUGGACCACAACCCAAGCUCCACUCCAGGUCCCUUCCAUUUCAUCACGGCAGUCGCAUAGAGAACCAAGUCGCCCGCAGGAGCCAUGCCCGCCGCCCACUUUUUUUUUAAAGCCGCACCUUCUGGACUUCUUCUUGAGCGACGUCCCGCCCAAGUGGCCCUGGUCCCAGGCCAGGAUGAGCUGUGCACAGCCAAUCAUGGUUGAAAAGCUGCUGCAUCGUCAUGGUAACCGUGUCCGAGACAUGAGAGGGGGUGCCAUUAUUCAAACUUAAUGAGUCUCUUUAAGGCAGGGGUGUCUAAAAUG